UGUAGCUCGCGCGAGGCUGUGAUGGGCUGACAGGUGCGCGACCGUCGGUGCUCUGCCCUGCCAGCAUGUACACCAAAGGCAAGAGUAACAACGUGCCGUCCGACAGCCAAGCCAGAGAAAAAUUAGCGCUGUAUGUGUACGAGUACUUGCUACAUGUGGGAGCCCAGAAGUCUGCACAGACCUUCCUUUCGGAGAUUCGUUGGGAGAAGAACAUCACGUUAGGAGAGCCUCCUGGGUUCCUUCACUCCUGGUGGUGUGUCUUCUGGGACCUGUACUGCGCUGCCCCUGAGAGGAGAGAGACAUGCGAGCACUCGAGCGAGGCCAAGGCCUUUCACGAUUAUGGUGCAGUAGCAGCCUCCAGCCCUGUCAUUGGGAACCUGCCCCCAGGAGAGGGCAUGCCUGUGGGACCCAUACCACCUGCCUUCUUCCAGUCCUUCAUGUCGCCCAGGUAUCCAGGAGGACCCAGGGGCUCCAUCAGAAUACCCAAUAACCAGGCAUUAGGUCCUGGAAACCAGUCACUAUUACACAGCGGUAUGGACCCAAGACAAGGUCAUCCAGGUAUGACAGGGCCGAUGCAGAGAAUGCCCAGAGGGAUGGUCCCCAUAGGACCCCAGAACUAUGGAGGAGGAAUGAGGCCCCCUCUCAGCGCUCUCGUAGGGCCAGGAGGAAUGCCUGGUAUGAACAUGGGUCCGACUGGAGGAAGGCCAUGGCCCAAUCCCAACGCCAACGCAAUCCCAUACUCUUCUGCCUCUCCAGGAAGUUAUGUAGGACCACCUGGAGGAGGAGGUCCACCAGGCACACCCAUAAUGCCAAGUCCAGCAGAGUCCACCAACUCUGGAGACAACAUGUACAGCAUGAUCAACACGGGCCCUGGCGGCGCCAACAGGCCAAAUUUUCCUCUGGGUGCCGGAGCUGAGGGGCCCAUGGGCAGCAUCACGGGGAUGGAGCCCCACCACAUCAACGGAUCACUGGGAUCAGGGGACAUCGAUAGUCUGCCCAAGAACUCCCCGGGGAACCUGAGCAUGACUAAUCAGCCAGGCACCCCCCGAGAUGACGGCGAGAUGGGCGGCAACUUCCUGAAUCCCUUCCAGAACGAGGGCGUACUAUUCACCGAACAUGACAAUGAGCGUGUGAAGAUUGAAGAGGAGCUUGGCUGUCCAUGAAGAUGAUGUCAUGACACCUGGUUUCCAGUCACGGAGGUCAUCUUUUCCAAGUUGGGAUUCCUAGAGUGACCGCACCUUUUUUUUUUAUCCUUUGGUGAAAAGGUGAACUCAUACAGGGGGGAACAUGGUAAUCCAAAUUGAACUGAACUGAAAAAAGGGGGAGAAUGAAAAGAAGAGGGAAAGGACUAAAGAAAUACUUCAUCAUCACUGCAUCACUGUGUGUAUACAUUCAUAUGCAGGACAAAUCAUCCCCUGGCCUUCAUCAAGAGGGACUUCUGAAGUGUAAAUGAUGCGUUUCUAAGAGGACCACACAUGGACAUCCCUGGAGACCGGCUUACGUGUGUGUGCGUGUGCGUGUGCGUGUGUUUUGAACAUCAGACCAUGAAGCAUUUCCAUUAAAUUAGACCAAACGGGAAAAAAAGACAAAAACAUUUAAUACAUGUUGACUAUGUGGGUCUACCUUUCAGACCUAUUACAAAAAAUGUGGCAUUUUAGAAUUCUCAGAUGUUCAGUGGAAUUCUCUGCACCAUGUUCUCAUCCUGUGUUCGUUAGUUGAGCACUGUCAGUCGAGCAUUCCAGUGAUGUUAUAUCGGUUGUGCUGUGUUCAUUAUUUGUCAGUGUCCUUUGUUGCCAACAAAGAAGUAUGACAAUCAUCUUGUUUUCUUACUAUCGCUCAGCAAAUGUUUUUCAUUUGCAGUUUUAUGUGGGCUGUUCUUCACAACGCAUAUUAGCCUUAUUUAUAUGGAAUAGAAGGUAAAUCGUACAUUUUGCUGUGUCAAUUCAACAGUUAAAGAGUUAAAUUUAAUCAUCUCAGUGUUGUUACUUCUGCCCAAGGGUUGAAGUAACCGCAAAAUCCACUGUGCAUGGUUACUCACACACUCAGAUGGGUCGGAUAGUUGAGCAAGUGAGCAACAUGAAGCAAUUAUUGCCACCAUGAAAUUGUUGAAAGUUUUCAUUUGCAGGAAUUAUUUUUUUUGCAUUUAUUACACACCUUGUCACAAUUCAUUUGAACCUUUUGUUGUUUGCUUUUGUUGUCGUUUUCUACCACAUCCACAACACUUCUCUGACUGCGUCCAUGUAUUUAUAUCCAUUUCACUGUGUACAACAAACUGUGCUUCUUCAUUCACAGUACUUUUGAGACAUGUUUGUGACAUGUACAAUAUUUUGGCAUUAAUAUGCAUCUGAGGGACUCUGUACAUACUUUUGAGAGGUUUUUGGAUGCCAACAUAAUGGCCAUUGAAUUGUGUCUAUAAUAUUAAAAUCUAUUUGUGUUCAUUUCUAUCUGGUGUACAAGGUGAGUUUCACUAUAGACAUUCCAAGUUUAAACAUACAUUAACAUAUUUACCUCUGUUUUUAUCAUAGUUUAGUGUUUUGUUUAUUAUCCCCAGUUAGUCUGCUGGUUAUGAGACAAGUAUGUACAGCAGGGCUAUUCAAAUGGCGGCCCUGGG